UGGUGCAGUGAGAGAGACACGGAGACUAGUGCCCGAGGCAGUAGACCUUCAACCUCCGCAAGAUGAGUGAGUACACCACGUGCUACAGGGCGCGAAGCCUUUUGGGCACGAAGACGAAGCCGAAGGCGUUGAAGAAGGGCGACGUGGUUCUGGAGUCGGAGCCCUUUGCUCACGUUAUCAACUCUGAGUACCUCUCCAUGUACUGCUACCACUGCCUCAGAUGCUUCAAGGACAACAGGAUCCCCAGAAUGUGCACAGAGUGCCGCACCUUGUGGUACUGCACUCCUGAGUGCAAGCAGGCUGAUUGGCACCACCACCGCUUCGAGUGUCCCAAUCUUAGCAGACUUCAACCCAAUCUUCCCUCUGAUUUUGUUCGACUAAUGGCCAGAGUCAUCAUGUGGCUUAGGGACGGAGGCGACAAGGUAGUGGAAAAGUAUUCAGAAAGACAAGGGAGGAGAUUCAGAGACCUUAUGAACCAUUACGCUGACAUCAAGAAGAGUGAGGAGAGGAAGGCUGAUGCUGAUGCCCUCAUUGAGGAGCUUAAGAUGUAUAUUGGUGAGGAGUAUAUUCCUAACUACUCGGACUUCUUGGGGAUAUAUGGCCGGAUGCUGGUGAACAGAUUCAGUCUGAUGGAGAAAACGCUCUUGACUAUUGGCUCGGCUAUGUAUCUCUCAGCCUCCAUCUUUGAUCAUGCCUGCAAGCCCAACUGUUUCAUCUCCUUCACCGGCAAGAAGGUUCAGAUUAGAACCCUCGUUGACAUGCCCGUCCUCGACUACAGUAAGUGUCGCAUUGGCUACGUGGAUCCGGUAAACAGCGUGACCAGUCGACGGGAGAAUCUGUACAAGAAGUGGUUCUUUUGGUGUGACUGCAGCCUCUGCCAGGACGAGGAGAGGGCCCGGAUUGAGAACUCCAUCGUCUGUGAGAACGUCGAGUGUAAGGCGCCCGUGUUCAUCCCCGAGACGAGGACAGGCCAGCCGGGCGCUGGGCAGCAGGGCGCUGGGCAGCCGGGCGCUGGGCAGCCGGCUACAGGGCAGCCGGGCGCAGGGCAGCCGGGCGCAGGGCAGCCGGGCGCAGGCCAGCCGGGAAGAUGCAGGGAGUGUGGACAGGAGGUGCCGGCCGCCAUCGUCAAGAGAUACCAAGACGCCGUCGCCUUUACCAAAAACGCCCUCAAGACCAUGACCGAGGAGAAUCCCAAUGUGGAGCAGCUGCUGGAGGUGAUAGCGAUGCAGGGUAACCUCUUCCACCACAAGAACGUCUGGAGAGUUCGUACUCUCGACUUCGCCUUCAACGCCGCCAUGUUCAAGGGCUUCUGGAGUCGAGCUCUUGAUUACGGCGAAGAGAACCUCGCAGGAAUGAGGUACUGCUACGGAGCAGAUCAUCCUACCUACUCCAUAUUCCUUUUCAAACUGGGUAAAGCCAGGAUCUACUUCAAGGAAUUCCGUGAGGGCCUUCGACUACUGGAGGAGGCCGAGCCCCAGAUAAUAUUUGCUCUGGGUCCUGACCACUUCGUUGUCAAAGAACUGAACCUCGCGAGUCUAAUGGCCAAUGAAGACAUCGAAAUCUGCUUGGAGCGUCGCCUUGCCGCCAACGAGAAGAAGAUGCUGGAGGCGCAGAUGAAGGGCAACUGUAGGCAGACGAUGCAGAAGAAGCUCUUCCAAUAUCUGAACCCUGUUGCCUAGCACAUCAUAAUCUACCAAAUGCAGGUGAUGAGUCACAAUAACGUGGCUGAAGUAUGUUGACCAGACCACACACUAAAAGUUGAAGGGACUACGACGUUUCGGUCUGUCCUGGACCAUUCUCAAGUCGAUUGAGAAUGGUCCAGGACGGACCGAAACGUCGUCGUUCCUUCACCUUCUAGUGUGUGGUCUGGUCAACAUAAUCUACCAACGUGUGAAACCUCAGUUCCAUAGCAGCUCAAAUUCAGUGUAUUUUGAUGAAUUUCCAUUUGAAAAGUUCCUUUCAAAGUGUCGUUGGGUUCAACACUUCAGACUCCACAUCAACGCGGAGAUGUCAUCGCUAAAUAUUAAUUUAUGGUUGUAUAGAAGCACUUUUUGGUUGUUAUAAUGUUAAGCAAAAGUGCCGCACACUGAAAAUCACAUUAAUUUUGUAACACAUGAUGAACAAAUGAAAGACCCAGGUACUGAAUGUCUGAACCAGUUUAGCAGUACCCGGCCCCAGCCAGGUUCCUGGUACUUGCGAUACAAGUUGGAAAGUUACUUGCUGUUUUCGGCAAGUGCUUUCGUUUAACUCUUUGGCAGUUCUCAUUAUUCUGGAGUUGACUUUGCCGUUCUGGCAUGUUCGGCCGCUGCAUAUUUUGGCCUAAGAUAAGGGAACAAUCUUCUGUUGUUAGUGCUGCUGCUGCUGCUGCUACUGCUGCUGCUGCUGCUGCUGCUGCUGCUGCUGCUGCUGCUGCUGCUGCUGCUGCUGCUGCUGCUGCUGCUGCUGCUGCUGCUGCUGCUGCUGCUACUGCUGCUACUACUAAGUCAACUACUACCACACAACAGUGUAUAAUACUGACAAGCUAAUAUCACCGUCUGUUAAGAUGAGAAAAUAUUCACGCCAUACAGCAGAUGAUACAUAUAUAUAUAUACUGUAUAUAUAUAUAUAUAUAUAUAUAUAUAUAUAUAUAUAUAUAUAUAUAUAUAUAUAUAUAUAUAUACAUAUAUAUACUGUAAAAGCAAACUAUGGUUUACCAUUCAAACGGUAAAGCAAAUAUUGGUAUAAUUAAUAUCACAAAAUUAGGAGAUGAAAAAACUGUUAAAAAUUAAAAUAAUAUAAACUAAUCAAA